AGAGAGAAAGCAGUAGAGAGAGCAACUAGUGUAUAUCAGUCUCUCUCAGACACGCAAAUAACACCAACACGUUGAGAGAUGAUCAGUCUGUCGAUACCGUGGCUGUCUUCGUCUACCACCUCCACCAGGAUAACCUGCUGAUUGAAGAAGGUCCAUGUGUUAGACGUCAUCAUGGGGGCCAACUACCUCUGGUCCCUGACUGGCCUUUUUUACUUCAUCCUGGUUGGGCUUCUCCUAUGGGGUGUCCACGGACAGGAUAAUGGAUCGGACUGUUACCCAGAGAUCAGAGUACAAAGGAACACUGUAUGGAAGGCUUCACUUGGGGAUUACUUGGAGAUUAACUGCCCUGUUAUUAUAUGUACCAACUCAUCAUCUAUCUUAUGGAAGAAAAUGAAUGGAUCAGAUUGGAUUCCUGUCAACAGAACUGCUCUCAUUGAAAUCAAAUGGCUAAGAAGUAGAAAUAAUGGGACCUCAUUUCUGGUAUUCCAAAGAAUUGAUGUAAAAGAUUCUGGUUUAUACCAAUGUACAUUAGUAUCCGCUGUGAGUCAUAGUAUCAAUGUUACUGUCACAGAACAUGUGGAAGACACCACAGUUGUUAAUCAGAAGAAUGAAACAAAUGUCACAUCAGGUCAGAAGGACAGUUUCCUGGAGGGGCUGUGGCAUUAUGUCUACAUCUCGGCUGGGAUUGCGGUGUUUGUCAUCAUGGUCAUAACAAUAUCCAUGCUACUUAUACGUGGUUGUAAAGGUGUUUGUCUUUCCAAGCAAUCAAAGAAAGAGGAACAACCAGAGAACCAGUACACAGCUAUACCGCUAACUGAACCAGUAUCCCCACGACCAAAACCCAGACCACACCACAGUCAAAGCCCCCGACCACACCAACACCAGGUUACUCUGAACCCAGACUAUAUUUAUGACAAUACACCUGCCAAGGGCCCACGACGCCUCCAUCAGAACCCGGUCCAAGAUGCAGCCAAUCAGGUGUUUGUCCCAGUAGACAGUGAUUGUACCUAUGACAACAUGGUGGUAAAAGAAGAAGAGAGUGGUAUCAUGUAUGCGGCUCUUAACCAUCAGGUAAAGCCACGCACCACGCCACGCUCCAAGCAACCACAGGAGGAAUGUUCAGAGUACGCAGCCAUUCGCGUGUCCUGAGCCCUGGAGCAAGGAAGUGAAUCUGUCCUUCCCAGAAGACUUCACUUCCUUCCUGGUAAUCUGUUGCUUCAUUUGAACUUUGAAUUUCCAAUUAUAAUGGUGGAAUGAGUCAUUUUGGUAAAACGUUUGGACUGUUAAUUAGUUCUUCACACCUACAAA